AUGCCCGCCCCGCUGCUCGCCCUGCUGCUGCUGCGCGCCCUCCUGACCCGCCUGCUGCUGGUGGCCCGCCAGCGCCUCCUGCCGUUGCUCCGGCGCCUGGGGGCCCGCCUGACCUCGCCGCAGUCCCGCCAGGCCCUGCUCACCUGCCUGCUCUGCGUCCUCAACCUGCGCAAGAAGGUCGACGGCUGA